AUGAUUUGGAAUAGAAAUCUUAAAGCUACUUUGAUUGCUGGUACCUUCUGUGUAAAUUCAGUAUUUGCUGCGGAGUUUGUACCUGUAGGUUACUCUAAUGACGAAUCUCAUUCGAGCUAAACUCUUACUGAUGUUGGAGUAGCUGGCAUGGUCCUAGGAUUUACAACUCUGGGAGUGCUCUUGAUUUACGCCCUAAUUAUGAUGGUUAAAGAUCAUGUUGACACUCACAAGAAAUACAACAGUUAACUAUUCAAUGCAAUCAAUACAAUGAGAACUCUUGGUCUCAAUAUUCAGCAAGUUGAUUAGCAAUACGAGAAAUCCUUGAAAAACAAGAAUUAACAUCAGUAAAAAGACGAAAAAGAAAAUGACAAGGAGGAAGAGCCAGUGGAAGAAUUAGAUGGAAGUGCAAACGGUAAAACUAACAGAGCAUGA